AUGUCUGUUGUGCUAUUCCGCCUCACAAGGUUCGCCGCUUCGAGUAUUGGACAUCUUCACGAUCGCCUCAGCACGCUAGUCGCGGACCCUCUGGUCAUGCCUCCAUCGUAUCUUAUGCACGAGUAUGCUGUGCUGAAAGGUCCAACCCGUUCACGACGCGGCAGAUGGCAUACAAGUGUAAGCCGGCCCCAGUCACAAUGGCAUCCAUGUCUUGGAUCCAUAUCUUUUCAUGAGUCUUACAGAUAUCUUUUAACGGAUAUGACAAGCCAAGGCCUUUGCUCGCUUCCAGGUCGACCUGAUAUCUAUGGAGUCGGUGUUCGCGCCGCAUUCUACACACAAUGGCUUGGUACGUUGAUCAUGGAGUAUAUCUCUGAAGACGACCUCUCGGAUUUGCGCUUCAUCAGCCUCUUCUCAUCUGCAGCUGCGUCCAUUUCCCUUGUUAUCGGGAUAGCAUGUAAUGUCUUGAAUCCGCUUGAUAUUUACUUCUUACUCCUCUUUGCUAUGGGCUUCUUUUUAUUUCUGAUGCCAUUAUGCAUAUGGCGUGUGAUAACAAGAUGUCAACCACACCUCGACCCUUUUUUACUCACGAAGGAAAACCAUGGAACAUUUUACUAUCUCGUGGCCCUUACAAUACUCAUGGCUACCGUGUCAAUGGGAACAUGGUAUUACACCGUGUUUCUGCCACAUCUUAACCGCAACUGUCGCGACGUUGUAUUCAUGUUAGGAAAGGUAAACUUGGAGAGUAAGGGUAAUGUUAUAGUUGGAGCGGUCUUUUACAUUGGUGUUCUUUCCAGUAUUGGCGGUUUUAUCUUUCUGAAAUCCUGUUGCAUUCCAAUAAGACAUCAAAGUACCCGAAGCAGGAGAAACAGGACAAGAAUUAUCUGGCAUCUUAUGAAGCUUCGUCUCGUUUCUGGGCUUAUCAUAUUCACACUUUUGGUCGUUGCUAUCGAGCUCCCCAUACAAUGGAACUAUGUCCAGGGCGUCUAUGACUUUGCGACCAUUACUCAAUUACUCCCCUUUCUCUUCUCAAUUGGUAUAUUCUUACGCUCUUGGGCGCUCUACGCCAGCAGCGCCAACACAACGGGAGGCGAAGCUGGAACAAGGCCGAGUCCAAAUACAUCGUUAUCGUCGUCAUCUUCCUCAUCAUCAAAUGGCGAAAUGGCCAACGUGGUGCGGAUUUAUCGAUCCCGCAGUCCUCGGUUGUAUUAUCCAUAUGGGUAUAAUAAUCCUUAUGGAUACAAUUACUAUGGGCAUGAACAGUACCAAGACAGAAGCCCGUACAACUACAACGAUAACUACUACAACAAUUACGCAAAUUUGUCACAGGAAUCUCAAGAGCCUCGAUGGCCUCCGGGGGUUUACUAUAGUCGGCGACCAUAG